GUGCUGGACUUGCUGAAGACUUCGAAGACAGGAACCAUGACCAUCCCUCCAUUCCACACUCGUCCUGCAACUCCCCGGGAUGUCGAUGCUAUACUGCGCCUGAUCACCGAUCUUGCUAUCUACGAGAAAGAACCCGAUGCUGUCAAAACUACCCCAGAGCUUUUGCGCAAGAACCUUUUCGAAACUCCGUUUGCCUACGCGUUGUUAGCCAUCACUGGGACUUCGGAGGCACCAGGGAACGCCAUAGGUCUGGCCUUGUACUUUUUCAGCUAUUCGACAUGGACUGGUCGCCCGAGUUUAUUCCUGGAGGAUCUGUUUGUGACGCCCGAAUAUAGGAAUCUUGGCGUUGGGAAGGCGCUUUUUGGAGAGCUCGGAAAAAUUGCAAAGGAAAAGAAUUGUGCGAGGUUGGAUUGGUCCGUCCUCAAGUGGAAUCAACCCUCGAUCGAUUUUUAUGAGAAGAAACUUGGAGCGAAACCCAUGUCGGAAUGGAUGGGCAUGAGGCUUGAAGAAGAGGGCAUAGACGAUCUGUCGAAAUUCGUGCUAGAAGCUAAACCUUCAAACACAGCUGCUUGAUGGGGUCCUUGAGGCUGUAGAAGGGAAUUCAGUGCCAAGUCCUGUAUUAUUACCUACCAAGUACAUCAGAAAGAAACAAAUGAGCGGAAUUUGAAA